AUGGGGCUUUGGCAUAUAUGGAAAUGGAGGUGUAGCUUUAUUUUGGAUCAGAACUUGAAAUUCCCAAGUUGGCCUUCCUUAAUUAUUCACCAGUUUACUAGAGAUUAUUUUGAGGCAAAUAAGGUUGACCACUCAAAACCUCCACGACGAGUAGUGGAGCUUUGUUGGCACUUUCCGCCUAAGGAUUGGUUUAAACUUAAUGUUGAUGGCAGCUUGCAUAAAAAUACUGGGAUUAUUUGUGCUAGAGGAGUCCUUCGGAAUGAUAGAGGUGAAUGGUUGAAUGGUUUCUCUGCCAAGUUAGGCAUUGGACAAGUCCUUGAAGCUGAACUUUGGGGACUGUUGAAAGGAAUGGAGAUGGCAUGGCAGCAUGGUUGCAACUCUUUGGAAGUUGAAGUAGACUCUCUUGUUGCAGUCAAAUUGGUCCUUUCUGUUAUUGAUCACCUUCAUCCUCUCUACAGUCUUAUAACAAACUGCCAGGAGUCUCUUAGUAGGAAUUGGAAUGUGUCUCUUAUCCAUGAUUACAGAGAAAGUAAUUCAGUGGCUGACUUGCUAGCAAGCAUUGGUCAUGGUUAUGAGCUUGGGUGCAGAUUCUUUAGCUCCCCUCCUAAUGAUGUUAUCCCUCUCUUGGAAGCUGAUUAUUCCGGCUUUUCCAAGCCUAGAUUAGUUGUGUUUUAG